UUUACAACCCUUUAAUCCAAAAGACAUUUGUUUUUAUAUCCCAUAAUCAUCAUAUUCAUUCCUGGAUUUCUAACAGACAUGCAGAAAGAUUAUUUUUACAGCAAACCCAGCUUCACACAGAUCAUUGUAGCCUCUUCCAUUGGCCUGAUCAUUGCUGUGGUAGUGCAUUAUCGUAUUCGGAAGCUAUGGUUUGACAAACUUGCUCCACGCCUCAUAUUAUCAGACACACGAAGAGUUGAAAAGCUAGAAAGGUUUCCCCAUUAUGUAGCUAGGCAAAUGGGAUUCAAAGAUAGGAGAGAAUGUCCACAGCUAUGCAAAUUGGCCUCUAAAUACCUUAGGAAAUAUGAGGGAUCUGAGGAUGAUAUAUAUACGUUCUUUGCCAGUGAACCAGAUGCAGAUUCGCUUUUUGUGAAGCUUGUGGAGGAGUUUGAGAGAUGCAUUCUAAGUUACUUUGCAUUUCAUUGGAGCCUUACCGAUCUUAUGAUUAGUCAGGUGAUGAGUUCUGAUCCUGACCCCAAAAGGAAGCUCAAGCAAAUUUUCAUGGCAGCAACAAGGGAACAAAGAUUUGAGAGGGUGACAAAAAACCUGAAGGUGGCUAGAGUGUUCUCUACAUUGGUAGAGGAGCUGAAAGCAAUGGGAAUGAUAGCAAAUGAUGACUCACGAUGUACAGAGGUGAUGGCUCCAGUGGCACACAGCGAUAGGAGUCCAGUCCUCCUCCUGAUGGGUGGCGGGAUGGGAGCUGGGAAGAGCACAGUGCUUAAAGAAAUUCUGAAAGAACCAUUCUGGGCAGGAGCAGCAGGAAAUGCGGUAAAAAUUGAAGCAGAUGCCUUCAAAGAAUCAGAUGUCAUCUUUAGGGCCCUUAGUUCCAGACGUCAUGGACAUGUCGACAUGCUCCAGACUGCUGAACUGGUACACCAAUCAUCUACUGAUGCUGCAUCAUCCCUCCUGGUGACAGCACUUAAUGAAGGGAGGGAUGUGAUCAUGGAUGGCACCCUCUCUUGGCAACCAUUUGUUGUGCAGACAAUAACAAUGGCCAGGAAUGUUCACCGCCGCCGUUAUCGCAUGGGUGCUGGUUACAGGGCGAAUGAAGAUGGAACUGUAACUGAAAACUACUGGGAACAAAUUGAAGAUGAAGAACCAGAGCAAGUUGGAGGCAAAAAGAGAAAACCAUAUAGGAUAGAGCUUGUUGGAAUUGUCUGUGAUGCCUAUCUAGCUGUUAUAAGAGGCAUAAGGAGAGCCAUCAUGUGUAGAAGAGCUGUAAGAGUAAAUUCACAAUUAAAAUCCCACAAGAGAUUUGCAAAUGCAUUUCUAACAUACUGCCAACUGGUUGAUAAUGCCAGGUUAUAUUGCACGAAUGCUUUGGAAGGCCCGCCUAAGUUGAUAGGAUGGAAAGACAGAGACAAGACAUUGCUGGUUGAUCCAGACGAAAUUGAUUGUUUAAAACGGGUAGAAAGGUUGAAUGAAAAUGCCAAGUCCAUAUAUGAACUUUACAAGCACCCUAACCCAGCUUGCGAAGCUGGGUCAGUUUGGAAAGACAUUGUAUUGUCACCUUCAAGGUUGAACAUUCAGCAGGAGCUGAAGUAUUGCAUCCAGAGAAUUGAAAGAAGGAAAUGA